CACCCCACCCUGUUCAUGCAGAGAAGCCCUCCUCCUCCUCCUCCUCCUCCUCCUCCUCCUCCUCCUCCUGCAGAGCCUCAGCUUCUCAUGAAUAGUCAGGACUUUCUAACAUCCUCCCCUUCCAGCAGACGGUGGGGUUUCAGUCAGGGGGAGACUGACAGGUGGACCGUCCGUGAGCCCCGUCUAAUCUGGGAAAAAGGGACUUUUUGCGUCUUCCUCAGCCCUGGGAAGACCAUGGCUCUCUCCAGGAUCUGUCGAGAGUCUUUGCUGGUGAUUUUACUGCAAAUCGUGCUGAUUUGCUCCGCUCAGAGGGGCCCGGUCGGUCCCAGAGGCCCCGCGGGGCCGCCCGGAGUAUCCGGCGUGCCCGGAGUGGAUGGCAUUGAUGGCGACAGAGGAGAAGACUCCACCGUGAACGGCGGACCAGGCGCUGAUGGUGAUAACGGCAAAGACGGAGCUCCUGGAACUCCAGGCCUUCCAGGCGCAGAUGGACCUGUUGGACCUCCUGGAGAUCCAGGCACGCUGGGCCUAAAGGGGCCAAAAGGGGAUCCUGGAGCACGUGGGCCUCCUGGGGAGCCUGGUGUAGGACCUGAUGGGCUUGAUGGUAUUCCUGGUACAGACGGGCUACCAGGUGAACUGGGCAAAGUUGGACCACCUGGCGCGAGAGGCAAGAGAGGACAAGUGGGUCUUCCUGGCGCUGCUGGGCCACGGGGUCCUCCAGGCGUGUAUCAAGGCGAGGACCUGUGUCCCAAUGCUUGCCCUUCUGCUCUGACUGGACAUCCCGGGCUCCCUGGCAUGAAAGGCCACAAAGGGGUUAAAGGUGAAUCUGGUGAGCCCGGAAGACAAGGACACAAGGGAGAGGAGGGCGAACAAGGACCGCCGGGUGAAGUUGGAGCUCAAGGACUACCAGGCCCAGGUGGAGCAAGAGGCCUCCCAGGAAUAAUGGGCUCCAAAGGCGACAGGGGACCUCGUGGAAUACCUGGUGAUGGAGGUCCUCGGGGGAUCCAGGGACACCCAGGCGAUCCAGGCCAAAGAGGAGCCAUCGGUGAGCCCGGGCCAACGGGAGUGCCGGGCGAUCGAGGUCCAUCUGGAAUCAGAGGAGUGCCAGGGCCAAAAGGAGAGCCUGGCCUCCCUGGUCCAGAUGGCCGUGAGGGAAUACCCGGGCUGCCAGCGACCAAGGGUCUUCCAGGGAAAAGUGGGGCUCCAGGUGAUGCUGGCCCACAAGGACUUCCUGGUUUACCAGGCGCUUAUGGCCAUAAAGGAGUCAGUGGUCUAAAGGGUGUCACAGGUGACCCAGGUGUUGUAGGACUGAUGGGGUCUCCAGGGAAACAAGGCGAGCGUGGCGAGCAGGGAGAGGUGGGACCUGUCGGGCCCAGAGGAGGACCAGGUGAACGAGGACCAAGAGGGCAUGAUGGGCCUGCAGGAUUACCAGGAGCCAGGGGAGGCAAAGGGGAUCCGGGCCUUCCAGGUCUUCCUGGCCCUGCUGGUUAUCGUGGCCAAAAGGGCGACAGGGGUGCAGUUGGUCUCGAUGGCCCAAAGGGAGAGCAGGGACCUGCAGGUGCUGAAGGAACAGCAGGAGAGACUGGAGACCUGGGUGAUCAAGGAGAGGCAGGAGAGAAAGGAUCGACAGGCCCACCUGGAGAGACAGGAAAUAAAGGACCUGAGGGAGGCCGAGGACAGCCAGGGAAAGAGGGCAAGCCGGGCCAACCGGGACCACGCGGUAUGCAGGGCGACAUUGGGGUACCAGGCCUGCCGGGGGCACAGGGACCAGCGGGAAAAUCCCCCACAGAUACACACAUCAAACAAGUCUGCAUGAGGGUAAUGCAAGAGCAGCUGGCCCAGCUAGCAGCUAGCCUGAGCAGGCCAGAGUCAGGCAUCUCUGGGCUACCCGGCCCCCCCGGCCCACCUGGACCUCCAGGCCCCUCCGGAGAGAAUGGUUUCCCCGGACACACCGGAUCACGAGGACUGCCCGGGCUGAAGGGUCCAGCUGGGGUAAUGGGUCGCAAAGGAGUCAAAGGUGACCAGGGUGACAGAGGAGACAGAGGACCCACAGUGAGAGGACCCAAAGGAGACCCAGGAGCCCCCGGUCUAACAGGUGAACCCGGUCGACCGGCUUACGGCAAAGACGGUCGUGACGGGGAGAGGGGACCCCGCGGUGUUCCCGGUACGUCCGGCGUUCCCGGGCCUCCCGGUCCCCCCGGUGUGAACGGUUACUGUGAGUCGUCACAGUGCGUCCUGCCCAUGGUGGCGUCGCCCGUUUCUGCAAAGGACUCCGGCAUGAAGGGCCCCAGUGAGAUGUGAAGAGGGGCCGGAGCGGAAAACUGAGAGACUGGAGGAGAAACCAGAACUCCGUGGAAGAUUUGUCCAUUUGGGUUUUGUCACUUGGUUUGUAUGUUUGUCUUUUUAUUUUUUAUUUGGUUCUCUCAUUUGGAAAGUAAUUUUGUUCUCUUGAAGCCAUCUUUGUGGUUAUUAACUGACACGAAGGUGGACACUGAACAGCACACCUCACCUUUUGAAACUCCUUUUACAUAAAAAGUUUCAUUUUACCUCAAUUUUGCCAUCUCUGUACUGUAAAAUUUGAGAAAUUAAGAACUCGCUGAAUAUGUACAAACCCGCCAGCCCCAUUUCUAUCCAAGCAACAACGAGGCAAGUCUGAAAGUUUUUCUGUAUGUUUAUGUAAAUGUGUCAAUACGCAAAUUAUACUGCUGAAUGACGUACAUGUUGUUUGUGAGUAUCUUUGUUGUUUAUCCACUUAAACCCCCCUGUGCCUUUUCCUCUAAAUGUAGGAUAUGUUUGAUAAUUUCUGUCACGACGACUGUUGUUUUUGUGACUGGAGGGUGGCCAUGUGUGAAAACCUCUCUGGCAGUUUUAUAUGACUUCUUAUUUAUUAUAUCAAGGUUCAAAGUGACAUCUUCGAGUUGUACAAAGGAGGAAAUAAACACAUUUUGAUAAUC